ACCGGUAAAUUACUGGUAAUCUUAGAACCUGUCUUACUGGUAAAUUGGGAGCACUGAUUUACCGGAAAGGUUCUGUUCACACAUGACAUGUUAACGGCAAUUUACCAGUAAAUUACCAGUAAAGACUGUAUGUGUGAAAGGGACUAAUAACACUAUAACCGUUACUUAUUUCUGAUAACAAAGGAAAUAAAUGACAAGUAAAUUACCCUCAUUCAAAUAUCAUAUCUCCCUGCUGGAAAAAAAAACAAUAAACCAUGGUUUUAUUGGGAAUUUCAUUGGUUCUAAUGGAACUACAGUGUAUUGGUUUUUGUUGGUCUCUAAUGGUAUGUAUUGGUUCUAUUGGUUCUAAUGGAAAAUGUAUUGGUUCUAAUGGAAUAUGGCCCAAAACACACUACAGUGUAGUGGUUUUAAUGGUAAAAGCUAAUGGUUCCUAUUGGUAUUUUAAUGGAAACCAUUAGAAUUUUCUGUAAUGGUUCUUUGUUUUUUCAGCAGGGCUAACACGUAUUAACUACUAUGAGCUAACAUUACUGUGUUAAAUUAAUGUAUACAAAGCUACAGGUCUUGCCUGGCUGCCAAAUCUCUCCGCACAGUUCACGCACAUCAUCUCCCCUUGUCUUUAGCAAAUCAAAACAUUUUAUUUUCGACAAGGUAUUUGUCUUGUCAAAUUCUCUUGAGUUCAGUCGCAUAACCGCGACAAUACGUAUGCGUCCCAUAAAACCGUCUAUAGCCAGAGCUGUGUAGUAACAGAUUAGAUGUAAUCUGGAUUACGUAAUCAGAUUCCAAAAAUCAAGAUACUUGUAGUUAAAUUACUAUACAUUAUAUCAGAGUAUGGUAUACAAUUACUUUUUUAUUGUUACAGAUUCCAUUACAUGGAUUGCGUUACAUAUUACUUUAUUUUUUCCUACUUUUUAAAAUCAUUGCAUUUUUUAUAAGCUUAAAUUUUUUAUUUAGAAGAGCACAGUGUUACUGUGGUAAAACAGUGAGAAAUCGUAUGCAUAAAAUAAUAGCCCACACACAAAUAAUUGGUAUUUCACAAGUAGGUGAUAAGUUUAGUCUUUAACAACCUUGUGGUUAAGUUCACCUCGCACAUCUGUAAUUUCCUGUCAUCGCCAUCAGUGGUGUAGUGGUGUCUGGAGAAGUGGGUAUAUUCUUAAUUUAUGCCCCCAGUAGAAGUGGGUAUACCCCAUGCCAUCAAUAAAGAGGUGGGUAUACAUCACUGAUCGCCAUUCACAUUCACUAGCAAAACAUUAUAAAUGUGCCUGCAGUAUUCAGGUAUUUAUGACCUUGUAUUAGAUACCCUAUUGUUUGAGGCAGAUCAUUGCUUUCUGUAUUGCCCAUCACUGCAGGUGUUCGACUACAGAAAAAGGUCUCCAGUUUGUCAUGACUUCUGUGAUCAUUUCACAACAAAUGUUUUGUAUGGAAAACACUUCUAUUCUGCUUUUAAUGUGUGUUUUAUAAUUUCACACAACUUCAUAAUGUAAACGUAUAACAGACAUUUUGAUGUCCCCAUGAGGAAACAAGCUUAUAAAUCAAACAAAAUGAUGUUUCUUGAAAAUGUGAAGUAGGAGAAGGGUUUCUGUGAUGGUUGGGGUUAGGGAAUGGGGUAGGUAAGGGGAAUAAAAUAUACAGUUUGCAUGGUAUAAAAUGCAUUACGUCUAUGGAAUGUCCCCACAAAACAUGGGAACCAGAAUGUGUGUGUGUGUGUGUGUUUCCGUGGUUUAUGGUAAAAAACACAUUAUUUUCCACAUACUGUACAUUUUUGGAGCUACAGAUUUCACUCUCUUCCUGAAAAGCACAGAUUUGAAAAGCUCUGUGUCCCUGAUUGGCCAGCUAAUCUGUACGUUGUGAUUGGGCUGAAUACCUCUGACGUCAGCCGGAAAUGUGACGCUCCUUACCAUGUUUGAAAGAUUCGGUUGCUAAAAGGAGUUAACUUACAGGCUGUGAGUCCAAGUGGGAGGAAUUAUGAUAAUGUCGGUCUUUUCUACAUCACCAAUACCAGGAAGUAAACUGUCGCCUACAAUCUGUGUGUUUGUUGUAGUUCAAGAAAAGAGAUUUGCGUUGGAAACAAUAACUCGGGUCACCGUUUACUUUGGGGUUUGUACCUUUUGCAUAUUGUUAACAUGUACUAAUACAGACUUAGGACAUGUAAAAAUGUAAAUCUGACAAUAGGUGCUCUUUAAGAUUUAAAUAUAAAUUCUUGCUCUACUGUAUGUCAAAAUUGUACAAUAUUAUUAUACUUAAAUAUAUGUGACAGCAAAUAAACAGAAGUCAAAUAGAAUCUAAAUGUAAUCAAAAAGUACUAAGAUUACUUUAAACAAAAUGUGCAAUCUAAGGAUUAGGUUACUGACAAAAAUGUUUGUCAUGUAGUUUGUAAUCAGUAACUGAUUUCAAUUCCCAAGUAACUUACCCCCGCGUCUCAGCAAAAGAUUGCCACUACAGCACUUACGGCACACUCAAGUGUGAAUUCACUCACUCGUGUUCAUUCACUCGUUAAAGAGGCUAUAUUAGUGUAAUGUAGGGCAGUUGUUUCAUUUUAUUUUUAUUUUAUAAAAGAUUUAUUUUACAUCUUUAAAAAGUCUUGUGAAAUAUCCCUUUUAACACUAGCUAAAUGCAACAUGAUGUGACAUAGCUUCACAUUCUAUGUACAGGUAGGUGGCUAUUUUAGACACAGCCAGGAAGCAUAAGUUGAACUCAGUGAGUAGGGUGUAAAUUUCUUUUUUAUUGACAUUAGCUAGGUAGUAUAGAGACACAUGCGUUCUACAAUUCACACAUCCCGUUGGUGUAUAACAAUAGGCGUGACAUCAUAUAUGCACACUACACAGAUGAACUUUUCGUUAUAAUUGGGGAUCGUAUAAACCUUAAGAAAAACAUUUUCAACUUAAAUGUAUUUGUACUGCAGCCUUUAUUAGCAGCUUUACAAAAAUGACCAACUGCCUACAACCCCUGUUAGUGUGAAAAGGGAACUGUAGUGAGAAAAACUCUCUGAGGUUCAUGUGGUAAAAUGAGUUGUGAUCAGGAUUUAGCGUUAGAUCACAGGAAAUUGAGUAAUAACCAUGACAAUUUAUAAAGAGUGAUGUGAGAAUAAAGCCUGAUAGACAGAAAAUGUGUGUGUAUCUGCUGCAACUGAUUUUUCUCUUCCUUCUGAAAGGUACCAGUGGAGUGGAUUACAUACAUGUUUUUGGCAAAUGUGGAGAUAAUGUCACUCUACCGGCUAAUGAAACGCUUUCUGACUGCACUAAUAUUACAUGGCUCUAUACAUUUGGGGGUACACUGACAAUUGACCUGUUCAAUGAUAAAGAGAUGAAAAGUGACAACGAGCGACUGAGUCUGGCAUCUGACUGCUCUCUGAACAUCAAAAACAUAACAAAAGAUGACUAUGGAAUUUACCCCUGCUUUAUCAGAGAAAAAGAAGAAGCUCGUUUUUUCCUGCAUAUUCUUUAUGUUUAUAUAGCAUCCACACACACUAAGAUCAGACCAGGUCGCUCUCUGACUCUCAUCUGUCAUUUGUAUGGUCAUUUUGUUGAUUUGGAAAAAAUACAGCUGGUCUGGGUGAAUCAGGCAGGUGUUGCUCUUCAAACGGACCCCAGAUAUCGGAUAACAUCCUUAGGACAUUCAAGCAGCAUAUUGACUACAACACUUUUUAGUAAAGACAACAACACAAAAUUGAGAUGUCAGGUUAUUAAAGAAAGUGAAGUUAAGACGUCAAAAACCUUUACUGUCAAGUACUCAGCUGCAGCUCCGACCGCUUUACCGAUAAAUGUUACCACCUCACAAUGUCAAGGAGAUUCGUCUCCUGAAGCAUCAAUAACUCCAGCAAGAGUGAUCAUAUUUCUUGGUGAGAUUGCAGUGUUUACUGGCCCUACUGCAAUACUUUUGCAGAUCAUCUGGGAAAGAAGAGCUGAUAACAAAAGAAAGGCUAAAACACCUAGAGGAAAUAAGGACACAAAUGCUUAAAAAAAGACAAUAAUUACAAAAAAAUGCAACAAAGAUUUAACAAACAAAUAUUUGCUUGCUGAGUUAUAGCCUAUGUGCUUUUCCAUUGAUCUAUUUGUAAUCUGUUUAAAAUAUAUCUGUAACUAUGCAUGAUAAUCAUCAUAGUUUUGUUUUAAUGUUUUUUUUUUAAUAGAAGCAUUUGUGUUCUAUUAAUUUGCAUAAUUUCAAUUAUCAUUAAUUCAAUUAUAUUUUUCAUUUAUUUUAUCAUUUUAGCAUUCACUUUUAUUCUUAUUUUAUUUGAUGAUAUUGAUUUUUAUUCUACAUAACUUUAUUAAUGUUGAAUGUUUAAUCUUUUUGUCUUUUAAUGCUGAUAUGAAUUUCCAAUGGUCUCCAUCUCAAGGCCUUGUCUGCUGUCUGAUGUUUUCUCAUUCAUCUCUGUAUCUUGUGACUCUCACAACAUGUUUAACUAUUGAGUAACAGAGUAAUUUUUCCCUACAUGAGCCAGAUCUAGUGAGCUAGAUCUAUACAUUUGGAUCUGUGGUAUCUAACAAUUUUGGACAUGGCCAUAGUUUGAUCCAUUAAGUAAAGUAUUAAAAAAUGAGAGACAAGUGUAGGUGGCUUACAUUAACAUAUGAACAAACCCAACUGUUAGGUUAUAAGUAACCCUAUGCUGGGUUGUUGUUACCCAACUAUGGGUUAAAACAACCUAUAUUUUUUUAGAGUUGAUGUAAUGA